AAUACUAUAGUAUAUAUGUAUUUAUAUGAAAAAUGUUCUGCCAAUUAUUCAAAUAAUGAGAUUUUAAACAGAUUUCCUAACGUUGUAAUAAUAUUGGAAUUUUCAGACAGAAGUGCUGGAACGAAGGAAGAAACACUGAGUAGUGAGGUGAAUUACGUUUGGAAACAAGAGUGCUUACUUGUUAAAGAAGCAGUGCCUUAAACACUAAACAGCAUCAUGUCGAAGUAUCGUAUGAUGGACGCCGCCCGGAACAUGCGUUUCCGUAUCCAGGCAACCGACAAUGAAACCUACGUGGCUAUAGUGGACACGCGUGAAGCAGACUACGAUAACAUUGGUGCUCUUUAUUAUGUGGUGGCAGUCGUUCUCAUUUACGGUCUGUCUAUCGUCAUGAUGAUUGCGUCACAUAUUAGAAGGAACAAGCAGGACGGACAACUUAGAUCAUAUCUGAAAGAAAUGGCUAUACUCAGAAAGAAAAACAGACGUGAGAAAUUGUUGGAAAAAAUGACGGAUCUUGCAUCCAAAUCUGGACCUUUCCCGAACCAGAAAAUCGAGGAAACAGUUUUUCAUGAGAAUAAAAAAGACAAUAUUGCAUUGUAUAGCCGCCUGCCAACAGAGGCCGAUGAUGAAUCACGUGACCUGUUAUUGUCGAAAACAAGCACAAGUGACUGUGAUGACUCUGUUUUUAGUGCAGAGACGCCGAAACUGGAGUCCCCAGCAACGCCAAAGAUAUCACCAUCAAAACUGCUAACACCUAAACUCGUACGUGCUGACGGGAAAUCUUAUAUCCAGAUUCAGGUGAUUAAUGAAAAUACAGUUCUCUGAUUUCUGACAGACACUCUGAAAUAAAAGCUGAAAAGGGCUCAAUCGAUUGCUAACGGUUGAUUCUGUGACAAGUUCUGGUAAAACUAUAAGGUAUUCAUAGAUAUAUAUUUAUUAUAUGGCGUGACAGAUUAUUUUGUAUACAUUGUAAAUAAAAAUAAAUAGAUUUUGUGAAAAGUUAUAUG